AUGCAGGUGAUGCCCCUGCUUAUCGCAGACAACAUGGAGAAGAGCAAGCCGCCGGCCAAGGCUAAACGGGAACGGGAAGUGGCUGCGUUUGUUGCGUACGCCAGCUUCUACAAGGCCCUGGUGGGCGUGACAAAGCAUACCGAGAAGUCACUGGACGACGUCCGCGAGAUGGCUGUGCAGAUGGUGGCGGCCAUCAAGGCCGCAUUCCCUGACCAGACGUCGGACUGGAACAUCCCGAAGGUGCACCAGAUCGUGCACUUGAUUGACGGCAUACCACUGCGUGGUAUGCCGAACGAGACAUCCACCAACCUGUGGGAGCACACGCACAAGGGCACCGUGAAGGUGCCAGUCCGGGGCAGCAACUGGCAUGACAUCCCGCGCCGUAUUGUCGAGGAGGAGGUGCAGCGCGAGAUUGCACGGGAGGUGGCGGCGGAAGCGGGCGGAAAUAGGCAGUAUGUGACGGCGUUGCGCGAGGCCGUUCGAAGAAUGAAGCCAGUCCUGACGAAGACGUCAAAGAGGGCGCACGUGGACGAAGACGUGGAUGCGGUGUUGUGGGCGUAUCGCGAAGCACAUGGGUCAGACAUGGGCGCGCUCGCCGGGUGCAUGGUGGCGGCAGGCAUCCCCACCACUACCAUCGAGGUGCACACAGCCGUGGCGAUCCCCCGAACGCGGGGGGGAGAGCUUGUACCCAAGGGCACAUUUGUGAAGGCCAGCCCUUCUGAGCGGUGGUUUUCAGACAUCGCAGUGUUCCGGUCUGACGAAGAGGAGUGGUACGCAAGGUGCCUCUGCAUCUUCCGCGCAGAGGGGGCGGACGGGGAGAUGGGGCGGCACGUGUACGUGAAGUACUACGAGGAGGAGGGCACGUGCCCGAUGACGACAUGCUUGCAGCUGUCUCCCGGCCGUGUGAGAACAAGAUAUGCGGUGGUGGACGUGGAGUGCAUCCAGAGGGUGGUGCACGUGUGCAAGUCCUACGUGAACAAGCGGGUCAUGCUCCUGAACAAGUUCCUGCUGACAGAGUGA